UGUGGUCACCAGUUUGGUAGUUGCAAGUUAAAAUUGGCUUUAAAGGGCCUACAAGACUGAAACUACAUUCAUCAAUUUAUUUAUGGCUAUCAUUCACCGUGUUCCUUAGAUAUUUAAGUGAGACUCUGAGACAAACUUCACAAAACUCAGUCCAACCACCAUCUCUCUCUCUCUCUCUCUAUGGCAAAUAUUUUCUCCUAUGCUUCCAUUACACCCCACCUCACUUCCCUGCACAACAAGAAGUACGUCAAUUUCCAGCCAAACCAUCGAUACAGUGUCUACAGAUUUUGUUGCAGUGGAGAAAAGUUAAACCAAACAAGUGAUUCACCAACUGAUAAACAAUCCCAACCUGAAAAGGCACUGCUUAAGGUGGCUUGGUAUAGCUCUGAGCUUCUGGGAAUUGCCACGUCAUUUUUCCGGCCACCAUCGAAAGCCGAAGCUCCUGAAACUGCAGCUCUUGAGCUUGCAAGAGAUGGGUCAGGAGCAGUUGAUCGAGCCAUGGUAGUAAAAUCCAUCAAACAAGACUUUGAAAGAUCAUACUUUGUCACAGGGAACCUUACCCUUGAUGCAUAUGAAGAGGAUUGUGAAUUUGCUGAUCCAGCAAGUUCAUUCAAAGGGCUUCAGCGUUUCAAAAGGAACUGCACAAAUUUUGGGUCCCUUUUAAUGAAGUCCAAUAUGAAGCUCAUGAAGUGGGAAGAUUUUGAGGAUAAAGGAAUUGGUCACUGGAGAUUUAGUUGCAUCUUGUCAUUCCCUUGGAAGCCCAUUCUAUCUGCAAGUGGAUACACAGAGUAUUAUUUUGAUGAACUCUCUGGGAAGGUUUGCAGGCAUGUAGAGCAUUGGAAUGUUCCCAAAAUGGUUUUACUGAAGCAAAUUCUAAAGCCAAGCAGAGGGUUUUGGCUUAAGAAAACAGGUGGAUGAAGAAUUUGCUGGUGAAUAAUAUUAGCUAAUUGUUGGUUUCAGAGAUAUACUGUUGGAAAAGUAGGUUGAAUUGAAUCAGACUCCAAACAUGGAAAGGGAGGUCAUGACUGGCAAGUUAUGCCUAAUUUUUCCCAAAGUUAUAUGAUCAGCAGUUUGAUGGUAUAUGUGGAAAACAAGUUGUAUUUAGUGAAGGAUGUGGUGGUUGUCAUUAAUUAGGCAUUAUUGGUUAUUUUGUAGCCUCACAACAUGCAUGUAAUGAUAGUUUGCAAGACUCUAAUAUACGACCCUUAAUACACAAGUUUCUUCCCUGGUGCACAUUC